AAAACAUUUAUCCUCUCCCAAAAAUCUCUACUUUUUGGGGGUUUUAAAUAAAUUAGAAGAUUGUUGUACUUUUAAACAAGAAGAUUUAUUAUAUGUGCUAAAAUUGAAAUGUUUAGUAAAUUGAGGGUGCAAUUAAUAAAUAAGAAGAGACGGAAAAAAGAGACGCCUUUUGUUUGUCUCUCUUCCCGGAGAUCUCUCUUUCUCUUCUUCUCCAUCCUUGUUCUCUCGGCGCGCGCUUCAUCCUCAUCACCUUCGAAUUCGAGUCCUUUGGAAUUUUCGAUUCGUUUAGUUUUCGAAGAAUUUAAGUUUCGACGGAAGUUGCUAGGAUGGGUGUGAAGCAGGCUCUAAGGAGCAUCGAUGCGUUUCCAAGAGCAGAGGAUCAUUUGCUGCAGAAGACACAAUCUGGUGCAGUUGUAUCUAUUGUUGGACUUCUUAUAAUGGCUACUUUGUUCUUACACGAGCUGAGUUAUUAUCUUAACACACUUACUGUGCACCAGAUGUCUGUGGACUUAAAGCGUGGAGAAACUCUUCCAAUUCAUGUAAAUAUGACGUUUCCAUCUUUGCCUUGUGAUGUAUUGAGUGUAGAUGCUAUCGACAUGUCUGGGAAGCAUGAAGUGGAUCUUGAUACAAACAUUUGGAAGCUCCGUCUCAACAGUCAUGGUCAUAUCAUUGGCACAGAAUAUAUAUCUGAUCUUGUUGAAAAGGGGCAUGAGCAUGGGCACUCACCUCACAAACAUGAUGGCAAAGAAGAACACAAGAAUGAGACUGAAACCGAAGCAUUGAAUAUUCUUGGCUUUGAUCAAGCUGCUGAGACUAUGAUUAAAAAGGUGAAGCAAGCAUUGGCAGAUGGAGAAGGAUGUCGGGUUUAUGGUGUCCUAGAUGUACAACGGGUUGCUGGAAACUUCCAUAUUUCAGUUCACGGGCUGAACAUCUAUGUUGCUCAGAUGAUAUUUGGCGGGUCCAAAAAUGUAAACGUGAGCCAUAUGAUUCAUGAUCUAUCCUUUGGGCCGAAAUACCCCGGAAUUCACAACCCACUUGAUGACACCAACCGAAUACUGCAUGACACCAGUGGAACAUUCAAGUACUAUAUUAAGAUUGUUCCCACAGAAUAUAGAUAUCUUUCAAAAGACGUACUGUCAACAAAUCAGUACUCUGUAACCGAAUAUUACACGCCGAUGACUGAAUUUGACCGGACAUGGCCAGCUGUCUACUUCUUAUACGAUCUUUCACCUAUCACUGUGACCAUCAAGGAAGAACGCCGUAGCUUUCUCCACUUAAUCACUCGGCUUUGCGCUGUAUUAGGCGGUACCUUUGCUUUGACAGGAAUGUUAGAUCGUUGGAUGUUCCGCUUUAUUGAAUCUUUCAACAAGAAAUUUCCUUGUUCAAUCUCUCGUCGUCAUUUCUCCGUCUCACCGUUGAAUCUGAAAAUGAUCACCGGAGUAUUGCGCCGAUCUUCACUCCCGUCGAGGCAGACUAUCUCCGCCGCUUUAACCUCCUUCAAUUCGUGUAUUUCGCACCAUCUCACUCCAGCCACCACCGACGUCUCCGUCAGCUCUCGAUUCAUUCUCGCGUCGUCUCCGAACUCGUUUGGUAUUGGAGCGAGAGAAUUCCACAUUAGAUCUGAGCCGUCGAUGAUUGUUCCUGCAGGAAUCGCGUCACAAGGUUACGCUACUGUCACAAGAGAUCGCAAAAACGAGAUCAAGAAAGCUAAGAUUAAAAUUUCUCCAGACAAUGUCAAACCAUUGAGUAGGAAGGAGAUCGCUCUACAGAAAGAGGCAGCAGAAGAAAGCACAUCAAAGAUAAAAGGAACAAAGAUUUGCAUAGCGAUUCGGUCUUUCGAUAACCCGGAAAAGCAAGCUUGGUGUCUUCCUCCUCACACUCGUAAAGUUGCAAUGCCCGAUACACGAACUCUAUACACGGUGCUACGAUCGCCUCACGUCGAUAAGAAGUCUAGAGAACAGUUUGAGAUGCGGUUCAAGAAACGGUUUCUUGUCAUCAAAGCUCAGAGUCAUGAGUUGAGCAAGAAGCUGUUUUGGUUAAAACGUUAUCGUAUUCUUGGAGCUCAAUAUGAACUCCAAUUCCAUUGCAAGACCCGUUUGGAUAUGACUCAAGUGUUAGGCAACAUCAAUGGCUCCAGCAAUACUCAAUGAGAUGGCUAAAGAUGUCACUUUUAGAAGUUUCAAGACCCAACCGGGUACUCCCCCGCAAUAAUUUUGAACCUUACGGAUCCAUGAACUCACUCAGCCUUUGCUUCACAUCAGAUCAACUAGCUCUUUUCUUGCUUAGUAUAAACAUGUUUGUUUUUG